AUGAUGCUCAGUGUCGAUAAGCACGUACAUAGCAGCUCCUCGACCGCGACCAGCAGCAGUGUUACAAGCCCCGCCAUGAGCUCCUCCGACUCUGCGCUUUGGGAGAAAGAGGGCGCCCUCAAUUCCAUCAUGUUCCCAUACGUGCGCGACCACGCAAAUACAAUGAUAGCCCGAAUUCGACACGAAGACCCACUCGUUCACUACGUGGCACUUCAGCAGACGCAAGAUGUGUGUCUGUACAAACGUAAUACACAGAACCAAGAGAUGAUGGCGUCCACCACCGUGUCUCCAAUGGGAACGUCGUUAUCGUCGUCUUCUCGGCGCGAUUUCAGUAUCAGGCGCGACUUAACCGAGAGCACGCGCUUUCCCGGUGACUUUGAGUUCCGAGGCGUCACGCGCGUCCCUGGUACCGUUGACACGGUGUUGGACUUUUUUGCCAGUGAAUCGGCACGUGAGAACUACUGGGUGGCACUUAACACGCUCCGAGACGUUAAGGCCGCGGCCUUGCUGUCCGGUGCACGACUGCAGUCACAGUCCCUCUCGUCGUUGUCUGUCACAUCGGAGACGGACGCAGACGACGCAGCAUUUCCGCGCUGGAGUCGUAAGUACAUGGCCACUAAAUUCUCUAAACACAAUGCACAGGUGCUGGACUGCUGCUACGCGGAAUACGCCACUCGCUGCACCGAGAUUAACAACAAAGGCCACUCACAUCUCCGUGGAUUCGUCUACCGCCGCUCCGUGUCGGAACGUGCACUGAGCAGCACGUCCAGUGUGUCGUCUCAGCCACUGGCCAAAGCUUACGUGCAAGGAGCUGCGAGGUUCUACAUCCGUGAUUGGCUGUUUGACGUCACGGAGACUCACGACCCCCUGGUUUGCAAGCUGGUCUUAACCUGUACAGUGUUCGUCCCACAGACGUUUGGUCAAAUUGCUUUUGUAACUAGGUCGGAUUUUCGUGAGUUCUGCACUGAGUUGAUGGUCGGUGCUCGUCGAGCACUGACCAAUCGAUGGAAGGACCAUGCCGCUCAUGCUGGCGUGCGUUCGUCUUCGGCAUGGCGACCGGAGACGCGAUGCUGCUCAGUAUGCUCGGCUCAGUUCUCGCUGUUGCGCAAGUGCUACAUUUGUCGCUCGUGUGAGUCUGGUACAUGCUCAAAAUGCUGCCUCAAGACUUCUCCCGACUUCCCGCGUGGCAGUGUAAUGGAAUCGGGGGCUAAAACGCAGCAGUAUGGAAGCUACAAGCGUGAGUGUUUGUUGUGUGCAAAGUUUGGCCCAGACGUCGAUCUCAAUACGGACCGCGUCGAGCAAACAAGAUUAAGAGGCCGCCACUUCUCAAACUCCAUGGCUUCCAUGUCCGCGUCGAUUUCUCGUAGCUUUGCAGCUUCACGAGGGGCAAUAUUUGACUUGGAGCAGGAAGAAAUCGACCGAGUGCAUCCCGAUCUAGAGCUGUGCUCGACCACAUCUAUCUCAAGCUCAAGAGGCCAACGCAGUCAACACAGUCAACACAGUCAACGCAGUCAACGCAGUCAACACAGUCAACGCAGUCAACGUAGUCAACGUAGUCAACGAAGUGUGGGAAGUAUCAGCAGCCAGCACAGCAUCUGUGGGCUGGAUGACGAUGAUGAAGAUGACGAGUCGGACAAAGACAUACACGAGUACAAUCCACGGCUUGACCUGCGAGCUACAACUUCCAAACUGCGGCUCGGGUCCGCAGAGUCGAAUUACAGCUCGCGUAAUGCCCCAGGUAUCGUCCUCUUGUCGGAUCUGGAGACGCUCACGCUUUCAGGUAGUUUUCACCGCACAGCUAGCGUAUCUGCACGAUCAUCCGCUAGUUCGUCUGCACGGUCCCCAGUCAAUGCAAGGACGCCUGCCAAGUCAGCGGCACCUACUCCUACUGCUUUGCAUGCACAGCAGCUGCAGCAACGCCAGGAACGCGCAGUCUCUGCAGAUUAUUUUCUUUUGACAGCCACUAAGCCUCGUAUCAGCAAGAGAGAAGGACCUCAAGAAAGUAGCGCUAGUACUGAAGAAGACGAAGACGUGUACUCGGAAGACGAUCUGGCCAACUUUACCCUCAAGCUGCUACAGUGA